AUGUUAGCACAGUGCGUGUACACCCUCAGGGUCAGAGAUCAGAUCUCACUGUCACGGACUGCAGCAACUAGGAAUGACUUCACCCUGCAGCUACCCAAACUGCACCUGGAGACCUUUGCAAUGGAGGGGCUCAAGGGUGGGCCAGAGGUUGUAGCAUGCCAGGCCAUGAUUAAAAGUUUCAUGGAUGUCUACCAGCUUGCAAGUACUCGAAUCUCUACAUUAGAGAAGGAAAUGACAUCGCACCGGAAUCACAUCGCAACUCUCAAGUCUGAGCUCCACACAGCUUGUCUAAGAGAGAAUGAAAGUUUACAAUCAAUGGGCUCCAGAGACCAUUCCAACCCCUCGGUCCCUUCGAGAGCUGCCGCCCCUAUGGACACAGCCGGGGACUUUCUUCCACUGCAAGCGGAACUUGAUACGACUUACACUUUCUUCAAGGAGACGUUCAUGAGCACGGCACCCCACUCUUUCUCCUCGUCUCAGUCCUCUCCAGGGAUGUCUGCUAAUGCCAAAAGACCAUCUCAGAUCGGAAUAUGAUUGUUGUGAAAUAAAAAAAGGAGGAAGAGUAGUGGUAUAAUUAAAAUUGUUUUGAAGGGGGAUUCUCUUAUCAGUUGAGUUUUGUUUAAUUACGAGUGAGGGUGGGCCUUUAAACAUGGUGUGACAGCCUGAUGUGCACAGGGCUCUGUCACCUUAAAUAAUGAACUAACCCACUUUUUUCCUCCCUAAGUUUUAUUUAUUAUCACAGUUGCUCAUUUUUAUGUAACAUAUUUUUAAAUGUUAAAGAAUGACACAUUUUGGGUAAUUUCCCUCGGACUUAAAAAAAAAUCAAUAAGCCAUUCUAGUCUCUAUCUAUCAACGUUGUCUCACCCUUGUCUGUUUUAAAGCAAGACUGCAAUACUUUAAUGGGAUUGAGAGAGCUAUUUGAAAUGUAUGCCAAUGAUUCCUGUCAUUUCAUGGCAGCCCGGCCAUGGUUCACUGAACCCCUCUUCUCUCUUGUCAGCUCGACUGAAGACAAGCAUUUAGUUGCAAACUUUAAGCAGGUUGUACAAAACAGAAAUGAUGUGGGCGCUUCUCCUCCCGCACAGCCGUGUCACUCCUGGUCAAUGUGAGAAGGUCAGGGUGCUCCUGUGAAGCUACAUGAUACCACUUGCCCAUUUGAACAAGUUAAGUUAACUGCAGAAUCUGGUCCCUGUAGUCAUCGAAAACCGUGUCCUUUCAUCAGGUCCGCAUUUGAUAGGAAGGAAGAGCGGCUGUGCUGAGAGGAUCACCGUGGUCCGCUCAGGCUCUUUGUAAGGACAGUUCCCACGAAGCCAGUGUAGCAGGUGAUGUAUUUAGUAUAAGCUGAAAAACUUCAAGGUAACGGCCACUUUGACCUUCAGAAUAGACUCCCUUUUUUUUGUUGUUUUUGUUGUUGGUAAGGCCCAAGAGUGACGACCGUCUUUGAUGCUGACAGAAUUUAAAACAAGGCCAUUGCCCUGCAUUUUCUGCCUUGUAGCACACAAAAGUAAAAUUGUAUGUCAGGCCGAGAUGUCGGGGAGCUGACAAGAUGCCCCAGUGACAUUUCAGCUGGAAAGAGCAAGUGUCUUGCAACCAAGUGGUCAAAUAUCAAAUAAUAGGUCAAGCAGGAAGGAGCUGAGUUCUAACCACAAAGAGGUUUCUGGUAACUUACUUGACAAGCUUUUGGGCGCUUUGUGGCUUGACAAAGUGAUGUUCUGUUGGGUAUCGCUAGACAGACUAUUCUUUAUCGCCUUCAGAAGAUCAGGCAUUGACAUUGAUUAAACUCUUUAACCCUUAAAGGUUAACUCUUUACCGUUUGCAUCAUGGUAAGUGGAGAACAAAAGAAUCCCUGUAGUGUGCAUUUGCUUUAUAGUCACCGUUUAAUCCCCGGUGACAUUAACUUCUAAUGGGACAAAGAAUUCUGACCCAUGUUUCACCUUCUUCCACUAUAGAAUUUUUCAUUAUGGAUACAUUAGACAAUAACAGUUUGUGUCGUGAAACCCAUGUUGUGUUUCAUGUCUUUUGGCCUUGGGAAAUAAAAUCUGCAUAGCGUUUAUUGUGCCGUCGGGAUCACCCUAGUGAUGUGUGCCAUCUGAGGCAACACAGUGUCACUGCUGUCCUACUAUGCUGUAACAUUUCUGAAAACACUGGGCCAGGGGAGUUAGCUUCAUAUAAAACUCUAGAAAGACUUGCAUGCAGAGUAAAAUUCUUAAACCAAAUUGUUUAACCAAAUUGUUCUUAAUUCUUUUUUUUUAUUUUUAUUUUAUGGAACUCAUAAUGUGCUCUGCAUAACAUUACCUAUGUGAAACUCAACUUGUGCAUGAAUCACAUGGUCAGGAAGGCCACGGACUAAGUUCUAUGCACUUGGAGACACUUCCUUCUGCCGUUCCAACAAUGAGGAUGU